AAAAUAAGAGAGGUCGCCACCCAGUGGCCACAAGACGAAUGGUUGCCCUGUAUGACUACGACCCCAGAGAGAGCUCGCCAAACGUUGAUGUUGAGGCUGAACUGACAUUCUGUGCUGGCGAUAUCAUUGCUGUUUUUGGGGAUAUAGAUGAAGACGGCUUCUAUUAUGGUGAGCUUAAUGGACAUCGGGGCUUGGUUCCAUCCAAUUUUCUCGAAGAAGUGCCUGAUGACGUGGAGGUCUAUCUGACGGACACUCCCUCCCACCGCGGUCAGGACGAGCCCAAUCCGGUACCGGCACUGCGCCCAGAGACCAAACGGGUACACCAUCGCCGUUCUCAGCGCUAGGCCCUGUGUCCAUUCAUGCUCCGUUUGAGUUUCGGUUCACUCGCCGUCUCUGUGUUUUCUUGUGCUUGUUUGUUUUUUCGUUAUGUGACCGUGGUGGUGAUUUCCAGUCCAACCUUUCUUGCUCUAGGAAAGGGAGAAGCAAAGCCCACUGCAAAGAGACAGGUACGAACGUGACUCUAUUAAGAAAGCGAAUGUUCGUAGAGGGUCGCCAGAGGACUGUGGAAAAGGCCAAAUUCCGUUCCUGCACCGGACUACGAAUAAAGCAUAAAG